AUGGUUUCAGUAGCGAUUCACUGUGUUCUAGUUAUUAUCUUCAGUUUAUCAAUCAUUAAAGUUAAUUGUUAUAUAUGUCAUGGAACAUCUCAAUAUGGUCGAUGUUCAACAAAUGGUGCAUGUGGUUGUUUUGAUAUGAUAGGUUCUGAUAAUACCGGAAUAUGCGCAUUUCUUUGGGUAAGCUGUUCUCAACUCAAAUUAUGUAACUCUUCGACUAAUAUUUGUGACAAACUCGGUGAUAUAUGCGUACAGCAUCCUCGUUGUAAUUCACAUUCUGUUUGUUAUCCAUCAUCAAUGAUCGAUGAAAGAAUAUGUCCAGCAUUGCCAAAUGUUAGCACCACCACCACCACCACAACAACAACAACAACUACUACUACUACUACCAUUCAACAUUUAGGAUGGGGCAAAACUGGAAGUAUGAAUAAUGGAAGGUUUGGUCAUGCAGCAUCCGUUUUAGCAGAUGGAAAAGUUAUUAUUACUGGUGGAGCUCAAAGCUUUGGUACUUUUUAUAGUGUUAAUUUAAAUGAUGUUGAAAUAUACGAUCCAUCAACAGAAAGUUGGACAACUGCAAAUAACAUGAGUUAUCCACGAAAUGCUCAUACAUCAAUUACUUUAAAAAAUGGAAAAUUAUUAAUUAUUGGUGGAAUAAGUAAUACAAAUGUUUUAAAUAGUACUGAACUAUAUGAUCCAGAAACAAAAACUUGGUCUUUCACGGGAAAUCUAAAUACUAAUAGAAAUUAUCAUACAUCCUCUUUAUUAACAGAUGGAAGAGUAUUAGUUUCCGGUGGAGCAAAUCCUCUUAGUAUAAUACGUAGUGAAUUAUAUGAUCCUCAAACACAAAUAUGGACAAUGACAGGUGCUAUGAAUUUCCCACGACAAAGUCAUCAAGCAUCUUUAUUAUCAAAUGGAAGAAUUUUAAUUAGUGGUGGAUAUGGAGAAGGUUAUUACUUAAAUAAUUCUGAGUUAUAUGAUCCUCAAACAGGAAAAUGGACAAUUACAGGUAGUAUGAAACAUCCACGAAGUGAUCAUACAUCAACUGUUUUACCAAAUGGAAAAGUUUUAAUUACUGGAGGGCAUGAUGAAAAAAAUAAUCUAAAUAGUGCUGAAUUAUAUGAUCCUAAUACAGAAUUAUGGACAACUGUUCAAAAUAUGAAAUACGAACGAAAGAAACAUACAGCUACUUUAUUAACAAAUGGAAAAGUAUUAGUUACAGGUGGACAGAAUGGGCCUAUGUUAAAUACUGUUGAAUUGUAUGAUCCAACAAGUGACAAUUGGAUAACUAUUGAUAAUAUGAAUUAUGAACGAGGUUAUCAUACGGCAUCUAUUCUAAAAAAUGGAAAAGUAUUAAUUGUUGGUGGAUAUUCUGAAAUCGCUUUGAAUACGGCAGAAUUAUAUUAA